AUGUCCCGACUCUUUAAAAGAGUCAACAAAACGUUGUUGGCUAAAAAAGCCAUCACAGAACCGUCAGGGUCGUCCGGGUGGGGCCCGGUUCAUUUAGCAGCGGUCGCAAGACAUACUGAAGUCUUGCGACUCCUCCUCGUUAAAGGAGUCGUUGUCGAUGUAGUCACAAACAAAUAUUCAAAUCGCCCUCCACCUAGCGGUGUCAGGGGGCGACGUGACUGUGUGAGACUACUUCUUGCGAAUGGAACGAGGACAGAUAUACGACACUUCGGAGACAACGACACUUUUUUACACAUAGCGGCCGUCUCUGGAGUGGAGCACAUCGUGAAGAUUCUUCUUCACAAAUUCGCGAACAAGGACGUAAGGAAUAGGAAAGGGAAGACGACGUACGACGUGGCAGUAGUGAACGGACACAACAAGUUAUUCGAUUGUUUACGUUUAGAAGACAAUUUAUGUACGGUUGCACGUAAAGGAGACGUGAGAGCAAUUCACAAGCUAUUAGAAAACGGGGCUUUGAUUAAUAUAAAAGAUCAGAACGAAUGGAUGGCUCUUCAUAGAGGGGCGUUUAAGGAUAGGAUUGAGAUGGCGCAUGAAGGGUAUACAACUCUUCAUUGCGCGACGGAAGCAAAGAAAGUGGAGUUAGUUGAAUUGUUGAUUAAAAAAGGGGUCGAUAUUGAUGUGGCGGCUAAAGCAGGCACGACCGCUCUACAAAUCGUAGAGUCUUUACAUUACAAGGGAAUCUUGAGAUUGCUUGUGAGUGGCAAUGCGGUUAAUAAAGGGUAUUUUGGGAAAUUGAAAGGAGAUAGAGAGAUUAAUGUGGGGAAGAUGAUGAUACGCCAGAGUAAGAGGAAUUUAAGAAGAAGCUUUGAUCGCUCUUCGACGGUUGCGUUGAAGGUUUUUCAAUGA